UAUUCAGUAAUCACCAUGGCUGCAACAAUGCCAAUAAAUCCAAAACCAUUUUUAAAUGGUCUAACUGGAAAACCUGUAAUGGUAAAACUAAAGUGGGGUCAUGAAUAUAAAGGAUAUCUUGUAUCAGUAGAUGGUUAUAUGAAUUUACAACUUGCAAAUACAGAGGAACACAUAGAAGGAACCUGUACUGGUAAUCUUGGAGAAGUACUGAUACGAUGUAAUAAUGUCAUGUAUAUACGUGGUGUAGAAGAGGAAGACGAGGAAGGAGAAAUGAAAGAUUAAAUUGAUGCGUAUAAGACUUCUGUAUUUUUAAUUACUUAUUUAAGUUAUCGAUAAAUAAAUCUAAGUUUGUACAACUUUAUGGAACAACAUCAAUUAUAAUGACUUAAUAGACUAUGUGAAAACUAUCUUUAUAAACUAUGUAAAUACAUGAUAAUUUAAUACCAUUAAU